CGAACGAGGUGGAAAGAUUGACUUCCGUGUUUUUGCUUUAGUUUCGCUGCUUUCUCCGUCAAAAUGGGAGCGUGUAUGGCCUUGUGCUCGCUAGCGAGCUGCGCGUCCUGUCUGUGCGGCUCUGCGCCCUGUCUUUUAUCAGGAUGUUGCCCUUCUACAUACAACUCCACUGUCACGCGCCUGGCCUUCUCCUUCUUCCUGCUGCUGGGCACUAUAGUGUCCAUCAUCAUGAUCCUGCCAGGCAUGGAGACACAGCUGAAGAAGAUUCCUGGUUUUUGUGAAGGAGAAUCUACUAUACCUGGACUUCAUGGGAAGGUGAACUGUGAGAUCAUUGUUGGCUAUAAGUCGGUCUACAGGAUGUGCUUUGCCAUGGCCUGUUUCUUCUUCCUCUUCUCCAUCAUCAUGAUCCGUGUGAGAAGCAGCAAGGAUCCACGUGCCGCGAUUCAAAACGGUUUCUGGUUCUUCAAAUUCUUGAUUCUGGUCGCUCUUUGUGUGGGAGCUUUCUUCAUUCCAGAUGGAACGUUCAACACAGUGUGGUACUACUUCGGUGUGGUUGGGUCCUUCAUCUUCAUCCUGAUCCAGCUCAUUCUGCUAGUGGAUUUUGCUCACACCUGGAACCAGAAGUGGGUGGAGAACGCCGAGAAUGGGAACAGUAAAUGCUGGUUUGCAGCCCUGCUGUCGUUCACAGUGGUUCACUAUAUCUGUGCCUUUGCUGCUGUGGUUUUGUUCUAUAUAUUCUACACACAGCCGGACGACUGCGCCGAGCACAAAGCCUUCAUCAGCCUCAACCUCAUUUUCUGCAUCAUUGUGUCUGUGGUGGCCAUUCUUCCAAAAGUGCAGGAAGCUCAACCGAGCUCUGGUCUGCUCCAGGCGUCUCUCAUCUCUCUCUACACCAUGUAUCUCACAUGGUCUGCGAUGAGCAACAACCCCAAUCGUAAGUGUAACCCGAGUCUGUUGAGUCUGGUAAAUGGCGGGUCGACGGCACCCACUCCCACCAGCGCCCCCGGCAUCACUACACAGUGGUGGGAUGCCCAGAGCAUUGUGGGGCUGGUCAUCUUCCUCCUGUGCACACUGUAUGCCAGCAUUCGUUCCUCAAACAACAGUCAGGUGAAUAGGCUGAUGCAGACAGAGGAAGGUCAGGGGCUGGCGGCCGCUGAUGCCAACGAGGGCGUCUCCGAGGACGGCGUGAGACGCGCUGUGGAUAACGAAGAGGACAGCGUCACCUACAGCUACUCCUUCUUCCAUUUCUCUCUUCUCCUGGCCUCUCUCUACAUCAUGAUGACCCUGACCAACUGGUACCAACCUGAAACAGACUACACAGCCAUGAAAACCACCAUGCCGUCUGUGUGGGUGAAGAUCUGUUCGAGUUGGCUGGGAUUGGCGCUGUACCUCUGGACCCUGGUGGCUCCGCUAAUCCUGACCGACCGAGACUUCAGCUAAACACUCAGGAGAUUCAAAAAGUGUCCUUAUACUUAAGCAAUGCACCUUUUACCAAACCAUAUACAAAGUCAAUCAUUUAGUACAUCACAGUUGUUGUUAAUCUUUAAGAUGCUCUGAGCUCUUGAACUAUGCACACUUGUAAACUUUCACACUUGCCAUAUGUUUUUGUUGUUACAUAAUCAUAAUCUGUUAAUUUCUUGAUCUUUGUUUGACUUUUAUGUAUACAUAAAUUCGCACUGUUGAAUGUCUAGAUGUAGAUACAUAUAAUCUUUUAUAUCUGUUUGGGUCCAGUUUUGUUACAAAUUGCACUACGUUUGAUCAAAUCAAAGGUAAAUGUUCAACUGAUUGCCUCAUACGUAUCAGGAUGUUUAUUUUGAUAAAGAUACGUUUAUCUGAGCUGUAUCCAUUUAAUUUUGAAGCUUUAUUUUAUGAGCUUUAUGAUGACACUCCUGACCAAAAGUUUUUAGUUCAGAUCAGAUGAUCUGUUGUAUUUGUACUUUUAUUCAUUCUUGUAAAAGUGAUUAUUAAAAAUUGUACACAACA